AAUAAAUUCAAAAGAGACCCAAUAAAAUUUACAUGUCCACAAAUGCUCCCUCGAGACUUGCUUGGAUGUAUCAAUUUUUUCACCGCGAAAGUCUCGAAAAUUAACUUGUUGAUCAAAGUUAUACCCAUUUUGUACAAUAAAUUUAAAUCCGUAGGCAAGGUCAACACAACUCAUGGAUUUAAAAUCCUAUUAUUUCUAAUAGGCCUAAAAGAACAUGUGACGGGACUCAAUAUGCACUCCCAAUUUUUUGAAUUGAAAUAAGAGAGGCCAAUUUACAAUGGACUCUAAAUCCAGCUCUUACCCAAACUUUAAACGGGAUCUAUUAAUCAUGCCGAACAUUUAGCAGGAGAUUCCAAAUUGUGCUCUAACUUGAAGAACUUCUCUUCUAUUAGGACUUAAUCUGCCUGAUUUGAGAACCAAACUGAUGGCAUUGUUGCCUAUAAAUAUCAACCCACAUCUUAUUUUCUUACGUACCAUCGAUUUUGAGAUCCAUAGCUGUCAAAGAUUUCUGGAAGCAAAGCCAAUAGCAGGUAACUUUUUUUUGUGUGUAUUGCAGGGCAAUAUCUGGAAGGCAAACCAACCGUGAAAAAAAACUUGGAGACUUUCUAUUUGCACCCCUGUUCUUCACCAAUUAAUAUGGGAGAGCAGCUCCAAUCCGUAGGUGGGCGCUCGAAUUGAGGAAGAAGAAAACCGGCGUUCCGAAUUUAGGAGGAGCCGCUGUGGUAUUCACUGUUUUAGUCUGAAGCUUUACAGAGACCAUUGUCCUGUAGCUGCCACUCCUUCCUCGUCGUCGGUUUCUGUCCAAUUGUUCGCUAAGAAGAGCACCAAAAUAUGGAUUUUUUGGGUUUAAUUCACCUGCGUCGAGGAAGGAAAGAGCUCGCCCUCUAAAUCCUGGGAGGAGUUGCUGUUCGCAGAUUGGAACGCCAUUUUCUUAUGCCGCCUGAGACCGAAGGUGGUCGCUGGUCGGAAAUCACCGCCGGAGAAGAUGAUAGGUCUGAUUUUGUUGCUGACGCUAUUCACCGGAGGGAGGAGGUGUUGUCGUUUUUGGAAGAUGGCAAGGCUUAGAAGUCACCGUUGCUCGUUCUGUCAGUGGUCGGUUCCGUCAGGUGCUGAUUCCAUCCUAUGUAAAGCAUCAAGAUGUUGCCGUUGCUUCCUUGUGUAAUGUCUGUCCCUGACCAGCUGCUAUUCUCAUACUCCCUAUUUCCGUAUGAAGAAGAUGACAGCAUAUAAUACGAGAGAUGGGGCGGCUGUUCUAUUGGGUUUUAUUUAAUACUCCAUAUUGGGCUUAUUCAGGAUUUCCCCCCUUUUUUGUGUAUUUACUUAAAAUGCAAAAAAAAUGUGGGAUAUGAGAACCCAUUGGAGUAUCUACUACCACGAGGAUACGGAAGACCGACUACUUUGCCGUUGUGAAGACCGGCCACUUCGUUGGUUUGAAGACCCGCUAUUUUGUGGGUACGAAAACCGGCUAUUUUGUUGGUGUGAAGAUCAACCAUUUCGUCGGUUUGAAGACUGGCUAUUUUGUCGGUGCGAAGACCGGCCAUUUCGUCGGUGUGGAGAUCAGCCACUUUGCCGAUAUGAAGACUGAAGUGGUGUGGGAUGGUGGCCCUUCGUUGGGUUAGUGGCAUCGAUCUAAAGAAUUAGUCUGAUUGCCGGUCAUCGGUGUUGCUUGGGUCCCUUCGUUGGGUUAGUGGCACCGAUCUAAAGAAUUGGUCCGAUUCCGACCGUCGGUGUCGCUUGGAGCCCUUCGUUGGGUUAGUGGCAUCGAUCUAAAGAAUUAGUCUGAUUGCCGGUCAUCGGUGUUGCUUGGGGCCCUUCGUUGGGUUAGUGGCACCGAUCUAAAGAAUUGGUCCCAUUUCCGACCGUCGGUGUCGCUUGGGGCCCUUCGUUGGGCUACUGGCAUCGUUCUAAAGAAUUAGGCCAAUGAAGUCGUCGGUGUAUACAAAGCUCUGUUGAUGCCAUUCAUGAAGGGCGGCCAUUUUUCCGUUUAUGAAGGCUGGCCAUUUAGCCAGUUUGAAUGACGACCACUUCAACGGUUUGAAGGUUAGAGCGGUGCUGAUAGAAGAUGAUGUUUGAAGCUCAACUCAAUCAAUUUCAGGCGAGGCACAUACUUGAGACUCUCACAUCUUGGUGUUCCAGUAAACAUGAUGAACGUCAAAGGCCUCGCCCGACUCAAGAACAAACCGGCCAAGGAUCCGAAGGGGCCGGACGCUGGCGGCCAAAAGCUCGUCGGUGCGCCUCCCAAGAAGCCCGAGGGCGAUGCUGCUGCGGCGAAGAGGAAGCCGUCCGCAAAGGAGCCUCCCCCAGGACCCCAAAAAGUCGAAGAAGGGGGACGCCGCGAAGGAUGACCCCCCGGUGGUGAUUGUAGAUGACCCUCCGGAGAUGCCGAUGGCGCAGGUGCCGAGGGGUGCCCGGGAGCCAUCUCUCGAGGUUCUCACGCUCUCUCUUUCGGCUGGCACGGCCGUGUUGAAUGGCACGGCCGACCCGAGGGCGCUCCUAAGAGGUAUAACCCUCGAUAUCGACAGGGCAGCUCUCGGGGCCGAUGACGAUCAGGCCUUCGAAGACAGGAUCCUCCGGUCUUCCCUCACGACUUGCGUUGCCCUCGGAGAGCAGUUCCGACGUCUGGAGGAAUGGCGCCUCCACAAAGCUGGGCAAGACGCCAAGAUGAAGGAGCUAAUCCUCAGGGACUCCCAGGCCACGAAGCUGAUGGCCCAGCUUGAAGAGGACCUCCAGCUUGCGAGAGCGGAGGCCGGGAGGCUCAGGGAGGAGAGGGCAAAAGCUGAGGAGGCCGCUGCGGAGGCCGCAAGGAGAGCUGCCGAGGAGGCCGAGGCCAUCAGGGCGAAGGCUGUCGCCACAGCCCGGGAGGAGGCCAUCUCCGGGUUCCUGGACAGGGGGUGGAAGACCGAGGGGCACAAGGCGUGGUUGUCCUCGGUUGUGGAGGCCUCAGUUGACGAGUGGUCUGAGGGCCCGGGCGAGGAAUGGAUGGCCCGAAAGGGUAAGCAAUAUUAUGAUGGGGGCGAGUUCUUCACUCAAGCCCUCGUCUACCAGAGGAUGGCCCGCCAUCUCAAGAUUGAGCCGAAGGACUUUGACCCGGCGGCAUACGGGCUCCCCCCCCUGCAGCCAGACAUCCGUGUUCCUCUCCCCCCCGAUGUCGAGAGGCCAGACCUGGAGGAUUCUGAGCUCCGGAGGGAAGCCGAGGGCGACGAUCCUGAGGCCGAUGUAGAGGUCACCUCGAAGCCAUCGGGGGAGGCGGCCCCCGGGAAUGACGUUAUUUGAUAUGUACUUUGUAUUUUGAACACUCUUGUAAUAGCCACAUUAGCAUGUUUUCAGCCUCGGCC